AAAGUCAGAGGUCGCGAUCAGUAGUAGGUUUGUAAUUGCCAUCAUGUUCCCGUUUACAAUGUAACAUAAAAAAAUCGAACCCAGCAAAUCCAAAACAGUUCUUUCAACCUUUUCUUUUGUUAUCAUAUUCAAGAUAUAUAUUGUAUAGCCUUUAAUAAAAAAGUUUUUUUUUUUUAACAUAAAUAAAUAAAAUCGCAAAGGAUAGCAUUUGCUCUUCUAUUGUUAUCAUCACAGAUAUUCACACUCAUAUAACUCUCAAUCAUCGAAGGAGCCCUCUGAAUUUCGCACUAAUUUCAAGCGAGAUUGUUUUAGGGUUUUGAGUUUCUGAAACUCGGUUGGUAUAGAAACGUUCAUCAAUGAAAGGGGAAGUGCAAGGAGGAUGUGUCCCCUGUAAGCUCCACUGAGAUCAAAGAUGAGGACUUGGAGGCUGGUUCACUCCCUUGCUGUCGAAUUUGUCUUGAAAGCGAUUCCGACCCAGAGGAUGAACUGAUAUCUCCAUGCAUGUGCAAAGGGACCCAACAAUUUGUCCACCGUUCAUGUCUUGAUCACUGGCGCUCGGUAAAGGAAGGAUUUGCCUUCUCUCACUGCACUACUUGCAAAGCCCAAUAUCAUCUCAGGGUUGAAUUGUUUGAGGACAAUUCUUGGCGUAAAGCAAAGUUUAGACUCUUUGUUGCAAGAGAUGUUUUCCUUGUUUUUCUGGCUGUACAGACCGUAAUUGCGGGUAUAGGUGGCUUUGCAUACAUCAUGGACAAGGAUGGGAACUUCAGGAACUCUUUUGAUGAUGGUUGGGAUAGGAUACUGUCAAAACAUCCUAUACCAUUCUAUUAUUGUAUUGGAGUGCUGGCUUUCUUUGUACUGAUCGGGUUUUUCGGUCUCAUACUGCAUUGCACCUCCCUCAACAGCAAUGACCCCAGAAUGGCUGGUUGUCAGAAUUGUUGUUAUGGAUGGGGCAUCCUUGAUUGCUUUCCUGCAUCAAUGGAGGCUUGCUUUGCCCUUGUUGUGGUUUUCGUAGUCAUCUUUGCUAUUCUCGGCAUUGCUUAUGGUUUCCUUGCAGCCACCAUGGCAAUCCAAAGAAUUUGGCAAAGGCACUACCAUAUUCUCACCAAAAGGGAGCUUACAAAGGAAUACGUAGUAGAGGAUCUAUGUGGGACCUAUGUCCCACCAAAGUUGGAUCCAGAACAUGAAGCUCGCUUGAAAAUGCUCAAGCUUUUGUAAAUCACGGUGCACAAACCUGUAAAGAUGAUUUUUUUAAGUAUUGAGUUGCUUUAUUAUACGGUAACAUUCUCUUAUGAUUACCAUCCUUGCUUGCCAGAGCUCGGAUUGGUUUAUGUGCUCUUUUUUCUUUUUUCAUAAAUCUUUUUAUCUGGGCCCUCACCAGAUUCUGUAUACUGAAAAUAUGAGUCCUGAGAGAAAUGAGGAAAAUACAAAUAUAUGCAUUUGUUUGUGGAGGCA